AUGAAGGUCUUCUCCAACGCAGUAACCUUCGAGUACUCCUGGGAGGAGGUCUCAACCGCCAACUGGCGAAAGUACUGCCCCUGGAACGACAAGUCCUCCCACGUCGUCGCCGUCGACACCCUCGCCCGCAGCGUCGACCCCGCCACAGGCAUCCUCCGCACAGAGCGCCUCAUCACUUGCAAGCAGUCCCCGCCCGACUGGCUCAAGCCCAUUUUUGGCGACGGCAGCAACUCCCAGGUCUUCGAGACGUCCUACGUCGACCCGGCCAACAAGACCGUCACCAUGGUCUCCCAGAACCUGACCCUGACCAACCUCGUCAGCGUCCAGGAGACGGUCGUCUACAAGCCCAUCAGCGCCCACAAGACCCUCUUCGCCCAGGAGGCUCAGAUCACCGCCCUCUGCGGCGGCUGGCAGAAGAUCAAGAACAAGAUCGAGGAUACCCUCGUCACCCGCUUCUCCGACAACGCCAUCAAGGGCAAGGAGGGCUUCGAGACUGUCCUUGCUAUGAGCAGGAGGGCGUUCGAGUGCGAGCGCCAGCAGGGCAGCAUGCGUGAGGGUAUGGCGGCAUGA